GUUCGGAACUUUCCGCUAGGAAAUGGAGGGGCUCUCAAUCGAGUGACGACGAGGAAGAAGAACUCGAAAAAUCGACCGCUGAAAAACUCAUUGACUGUGUCUCUCGCCACUCCCGCCAUGGAAGAAGAGCAGGAGCUCCUCUCGCGAAUCGUCGCCGACAUUGAAGAAGCUCGAGACAGCAACAGCAGCAGCAGCCAAACUCCCUCGCCGCCGCUCUCAAGUUCGACUCUCCUCGACCUCCAAUCCAUUCUGGACGCCGGCGAUGCCGACCUACUCGACCAAUUCUUCUCCCGCCUUUCGUCCAAAUCGCUCUCGCCGGCUUCUCUCCUCCCGCCUCUCACCUCCGCUAUGGACUCCGGCCCCAUCUACAUCUCCCUCUUGUCAUCCCAAGCAUAUCUCUCCCUCCUCCUUUGCCCUAACUCCCCUGUCUUCACUCUCUUCAACCCGAUGUCGUUUCUUUCUCUCCUUCGCUCCCUCCGGCGCGCGCUCAAGUCCCCGCCGCCAGCCGUGCAAGGGGAGGACCCGUCUUCCUCAUCGGGUCGGGCGGGUGGAUCUCAGGGUUUGAAGAGGAAGAAGGGUCGGGGAGGGAGGAAUAAUAGAGGUAAAAAUGUCUGUAAUGCUGAUGAUGAAGAUGGCGGCGGCGGUGGGGAGAGCCAGGUAAUGAAUGCAAAAUUGUUCUACAGCGUUCUCGAGAAAUUGGGUUCAGUUUUGGAUUUGAUUCAUUUGAGUAGGUUCCCCGAUAGUUUGAAGUCUCUGGUUCAGACUGUAGUGGAGAUUCCUGUUUUAGCUUCGGAAACAUUAGGUAAUUCUUCAGGUAGCUCUAAUGGAUUGGAAAAUUUGUGCUCGAGGAUUUUGAACCGGGUGUUGAAAACCGAGCAUGGUGAAGAAGGAGAGACAGCAGCUGAAUUGCUGAAGUCGUUGACGCCGUUGAUACUGGCUGCGAAGUCCCACGCUAGGAGCUUUGCCUUAGCCUUCGUGAAGAAUUUGGUGACGGGUUUAGCUAGAAGAAGCGAAGUUGUGAACAAGGCUUGUGUGAAUUUACCACGUUAUCUGGUGAGGAAGGCGCCAGACAAGGCCGAGCCCCGAGGGCUAGCGGUGGAUGCCAUAGUCGAUAUUGUGAAGGUUAUGGAGUUGAAUGAUCAAAUCGUGUUUGUGGAGUAUGUUGUGAAGAUGAGCGAAGCGAAGGCUAAUCUUAGAAUCUUGGCGGUGGACUUGAUGUUGAAUCUAUUACUGCUGUUGAAAGAUCCAUUUGGGUUGCGCACGAAUGCUGAACCGGAAGGUAGCUGGGGAUUCAAGUGUCUCGAGGCAUUGAUCCAGCGUUGUUCUGAUUCAAGUGCUCUAACUAGAGCUCGUGGGUUGUCCAAUUUGGCGCAGUUGGUGGGAUUUCUGUCAUCUGAUGAUACGAAUCAUGCUGUUCUAAGACAAGCCAUGGGGUUUGGUGAAGAUAAUGUAAACAAGGGCAAGAGUAGGAUCGAUGAGAUGUUGAGAAGCCGCUGUAUGGAUGAGAAAGCAAACGUUAGGAGAGCUGCACUUCUUCUAGUUAGCAAGUUGACUGCUAUUUUUGCUGGCAAUUUGGAUGGAAUCGUGCUCAAGACUAUGGGAAUGGCUUGCUCGGAUCCACUUGUCAGCAUACGCAAAGCAGCAAUAUCAGCUCUGUCACAGGCCUUCAGAACAUAUUCAGAUGAAAUUGUGAUUACUGAGUGGCUGCAUUCUGUACCUCGAUUAAUAGCCGAUAAUGAGACUAGCAUUCAAGAAGAGUGUGAGAACUUGUUCCUGGAACUAGUCCUCGACCGUGUCUCAAAAGCAGGAAGUGAUCCCAGGUUACAUAAUGCUUCCAGUUUAUCCCAUUCUAAGUCAAACAAAAUGGGAGUAGAAAGAAAGAUGGAGUUGCUAUUUCCAGAUGGGGUUCUGUUUAUUCUGAAAACAAUCUGUGAUGGGGAGGUGACACCUUGGGUGAAGAAAAUCUGCAGUAGUCUAGGGAAGAAGAAACGACUCAAGCCUGUGAUUGCUAGUUCGCUGCAGAAUAUCAUAAGAACUUCAGAGUCUAACUGGCAGAGCCAUUUAAUGCCAAUAGAGAAGUGGACAGCUCCACCUGGUGCAUGGCUUCUUUUAUCUGAGGUGUCAGCACACCUUUCCAAUGCAGUUGACUGGAAGUUUCUCCAUCAUCAUUGGCAGCUCCUUGACAAGUUUGGAGCAACCAACGAAUUUGAUCCUGAAGAAGAUUUGACUCGUGAUGAAGGAAGUAUACAUUCCGAUUCUGUUGCAUGGGCAGGAGAUCGCGUUUUUCUAUUGCAAACAAUCUCUAACGUUUCUUUGGAGCUGCCUCCUGAUCCUGCUGCUGAUCUAGCUCAUAACCUGCUCAAACGAAUUCAGGACUUCAAUAUGCACUCAACCGAGGUUAAUGCACAUGUUAAAGCCCUGAAAACAAUAUGCAAACGGAAAGCUGUAGAUCUUGCUGAGGCAGAGACACUUGUUGGCAAAUGGGUUCAACAAGUUCUUUCAAAGGCUUGCAAUAUACUCGAGAAGUACAUGGAUGAAAAUUCGAAAGCCACCAACGAAAACAGCUUCUUCACACCACCUAGAAGUGGAAUUAGAAAGAGCAAGAGAGCAGUAGCAGCUUCCAGGCUACUGGCAGAAGCAGUGAAUUCAGUUCAGACCAUAGGAUCUCUGGUUCUUGUUUGUCCUUCAGCUGAUAUGAACGAUGUAAUCCCUCUACUGUACACAAUCAUCACUUCAGGAAAUUCUGAUCCCAAGUUGAGCAAGCUCCCUGGACCUCCCGUCCCAGUUAAAGAGACAGCCCCAUCUUUGUACAUUCAGGCGUGGCUGACAAUGGGGAAGAUUUGCUUAGCGGACGGGAAACUUGCGAAGAACUAUAUACCUUUGUUUGUGCAGGAGCUCGAGAAAAGUGAUCUUGCACCACUUCGCAACAAUCUCGUGGUUACAAUGGCAGACUUCUGUGUUCACUAUACCGCUCUGGUGGACUGUUAUAUACCUAAGAUCACCAAGUGCCUCCGUGACCCAUGUGAACUAGUGAGGCGGCAGACGUUCAUUCUGCUCUCAAGAUUGCUUCAGAGGGACUAUGUCAAGUGGAGAGGAGUGCUAUUCCAAAGAUUCCUCCUGGCUCUUGUCGACGACUCGGAGAAGAUUAGACAAUUAGCUGACUUCCUAUUCGGGAACAUUCUGAAAGUCAAGGCGCCACUGUUAGCUUACAACAGCUUCGUGGAAGCCGUCUUUGUGCUGAAUGACUGCAAUGCACACACCGGGUCCAAGAACACUCGAACCGAAGAUCGCCAGUUCUCCAUUAGGGGGAAUGAUGAGAGUUCGAGGUCGAAAAGAAUGCACAUAUAUGUUUCCCUGCUCAAACAGAUGGCUCCGGAGCAUCUCCUGGCGACAUUUGCGAAACUGUGCUCUGAGAUUCUCGCUGCUGCUUCUGAUGGAAUGCUCAAGCUGGAAGAUGUCACCGGACAGGCUGUUCUUCAGGACGCUUUCCAAGUGCUGGCCUGCAAAGAGAUCAGAAUUCAACCCGCCCGCGGUUCAGCGGCGGACGCCGGCGAAGCCGGCGACGAAGAAGGCGGUGGCGGAGACGGCAACGGACUGUCAGCAAAAGGCAGGGCAAUAACGCAAGCCAUAAGGAAGAGCUUGAUCCAGAACACGAUUCCAAUCUUCAUCGAGCUCAAGCGGCUGCUGGAGAGCAAGAACAGCCCGCUCAUCGGCUCCCUGAUGGAGUGCCUCCGCGUGCUCCUGAAAGACUACAAGAACGAGAUCGACGAGAUCCUGAUCGCCGACAAGCAGCUGCAGAAGGAGCUCGCCUACGACAUGCAGAGGUACGAGGCAGCCAAGGCCAAGUCCGCCGCCGCGUCCGAAGCCGCUGGCCCGAGCGGCUAUGGCGGCGGCGGGGGCGUUGGGUUUCUUUCGCCGAAGGACAAGAGGGUGGCAUCGGCGAUGGCGGACAAGGCUGCGGAGGUGACGGCGAGAUCGGUUUUGAGAGAGGUUAAUAGAGGCGUUCUGUCACCGCCGUUGAGUGCUAUGAACAAGCCGAAGCUCAAGACUGCCGCCGCCGCCGGAACGGUGUGGAAGAGCGGCGGCUCUGGGUUGCCGUCGGCUCGUCCCGCCGAGGUCUUGGAGUCGGUCAGGAGACGGCAGACGUUCAUGUCCGAUGAUGAGAGUUGAUGAGAAAUAAAUAGGCUUUUUUAAUCUGUAUCUGGGCUUUGGCCUAUGGGCCUUUAAAUGUUAGAAUUUUUGGGUUGGUUAUCCAAAAGAAAAAGAUAUGAACGGGUUAAUACUGGUUCGGCCGUUAACCUGAUGAACCACUCGAAUCUUUUCUAUGGCUUUGCUGUCUUCUUCCCCAAGCGUGGGACCUAACAAAUGCGUCGUCGUUUGGGGACUUCGUCUUCAACUCUUCAUCGACUGUCGCCGAAGCGGCGGCUCACCCUAUCAAAAUCUAUCGAAGGUCUUAACAGCUUUUCCCGAUUCCGCCUUUUCUGAGAUCUCAAAUGCCCGCCAAACUCUUUUGAUCUCCUGGAACUCCAUCGAUGCGAUGGACGGCAACAAGGACGAAGCUCUGAGAUGCAUCGCCAUCGCCGAAGAAGCAAUUGCCGCAGGAAAUAAACAGCGCGCCUUGAGAUUCAUCAGAUUCGCACAGCGCCUCAACCGCGACUCCUCCGUUGACUAUCUCCUCGCCGCUUGCGAGAAACUAGCUCCCGGCGACGAAGCGAAGAGUCGCGGUAGCAGCAGCAGCAGCAGCAGCUGCAGUAAUAAUCCUAGCAGCGCGGGUAAAUCGAACUACAGCGAGGAGAAUCUGCAAUUGAUUAGGCAGAUCAACAGGACGAAAGAUUACUACGCGAUUCUCAGCGUGGGGAAAUCCUGUUCACCUGACGAGAUUAGGAAGUCGUACAGAAAAUUAUCGCUCAGAGUUCAUCCAGACAAGAACAAAGCUCCAGGGGCUGAAGAAGCUUUCAAGAAAGUCUGUGCCGCGUUCAAGUGUUUGAGCGAUGGAGAGUCUCGUAGGCAGUAUGAUCAUGUGGGUUUGGUUCGAGGGUUCGGUUGCAGCAGCAGCAGCAGCAGUAGCAGCCAUCAACGAGAGAAUGUGAGGCCGAGAAGGCCUACGAGGAGGAAUGGAAGUAGUUAUAGAGGUUACAAUGGCUAUUACGAUGAUGAUGAUGAGGUGUUUGGUCAAUAUUUCAAUAGGAAUGAAGGGUACAGAGCUUACAAUCCCUACAGGACCACAAGAGGAAGGGAAACUGAACAUAACGCCGAGAAUGUUGAUCAUGGAGGAAGGACAAGUUGUUGGUUUUUACUUAUGCAGAUUCUGCCAUUUCUGGCGAUCAUCUUGGUAGCUUAUCUGGCGUUUACAGAGCCCGUUUACUCAUUGCAGCCAACCGAAUCGUAUCGGUUCUUGAGGAAGACCGAGAAGCACGGGGUCGAGUUCUAUGUUAGAUCCCCUUCGUUCGAUCAGAGCUUCCCUGUUGGAAGCACGGGUAGGAGUGAUGUCGAGGGCAGUGUGGUUAAGGACUAUAAGAACUUGCUUUGGCGGUAUUGUCAUGUGGAGAUGCAGAGGCGGCAUUGGAAUAAGGUCUUGCCUACUCCUAAUUGCAACAAGCUGCACAAUCUUGAAUUGGCAUGAUAUGGUGAACCUUUUCACUGGAAGCUGGGUACAAUUACUGAAUAUUCCAUGCAUGUGCCACUUUGAAGAGAACCAUGUGCAGUUGGAAUGAUUAGAAGAAGAACUAGUAUUCUUGUUUCUCCUAUAGCUUGGUGAGUGACCUGUUUAUGUCACUAGUACAUCUUGGUCUUGGCUUUUGUUCAAGUCACCAGGAGGGCUUGUUCUAUAUAGCCCUUUCUUAAGGUUACAAUGCAGCUGCUUGAAUGGAGACCAUGUGCUGCAAGCAAUCCCUCACUUCUUCUGUUGACUGUUGGUUGUUACAGAUGCUGCUGUGAGAUUUUGCAUUUUGGAAACUCCAAGUUGGUUGUUUUAAGUGAUGGAGAUAUGUCAAGAUUGCACGGUUACACUUUUUGCUUCAUUUCCAAGCUUGUCAUCUGUGAAUGCGAUAUGGCAUGACGUGGUCGGAGUAAGACUCCCCAUUUCCGGCCUUUGCUGAAGGUGAACAAGGUAAACCGACUUGACACUGCUGUGAUGCGUCGUGUUAUCUGAAGCAUCAAAACAUGUGGAAAGUUGUUUCUAGAGAUGCAUCUUUUUUUUGUACAGAUUUGUAAGAUAGGAGUCAGGAAUAACAGAUUCCGAAUCUCAUUGUUUGAUUGGUGGGUUGUAGUAUGCGGAUUCUCUGUGGGUUUAGGGUUCCAUUACUGAAUGGAAAACGGUACUAUGUCAUCAACUUUUUUAUCAAAAUUUUAAGGGCAGAGAUGCACCGUAGAUUCCAAGUGCUAACAAUACGUAGCAUUAUCGAUGGUUUGUAAUGAGUUUCUGAAUCAUAACA